UCUUCGGCAGGGCUCAUUUCAUAGCUGAAUCGAGGCAACGUUUAGUUUUUUUAUGAUAUUGUUUUUUUCUUAUCUGUGAUAAUUUAGUAUGUGAACAAAUUUGGAAUUAUUGCGGACAAAACAGAAUGCAAGAGUGCACUGCAAUAAUCCAAGGGUUUAGUUUCGGUUUAAAGGCAUUUAUUUCUCAGAAAUAAUACAAAAAAUCAAAAAUUAAAAUUAUAUACAUUAAUAUAGUUUGAAAAAAUAUCUCGGAUACAACAAAAUAAAUAAUUAGAAACUUAAAACAGAUGAAGGAAAAAUGAAAUAAAGACAAAGGUUAACAGAUAAACGAUUACGACUCAUUUUUAGAAAGGUAAUAAAUAGACGCAAAAAUGGAACAUCGGCGUAUGUGGAAUCGUUCGUCUGUGAGAAGUCGUGUUGCGUCAUGGUUUAAUAGCAGUGAUUUCAAUCCUCAAAAAUUAAGAGGUAUUAUUUUGGGGAUCACGCUCACCGCAACGUUUGGAGAGGUGUCCGCUUACAAAAUGAUCAUGCAGGAUAUAAGAGCAGGAGAACUUCCUUCCUACCUCGCUGAUCUCUUGAUAAUAGUGUUUUCAAUAUUCGAAGCGAUUGUAGCACCGCUCAUAUCUUGGUGGGGAUUUAGGAAUCGACGCACUUUGCUGAUCAGCUACACAUUCGCUGUUACUGUGACCAGUAUUACAUGGUGGUUUAUUCCAGGGAAAUUAGAGAGGAAGGAAUCAGAAUUUUGCGACGCAGCAAACUCAAACAAUAGUAUUGGAUUUACUGGAACCUCAACCCGCUCAAUAAUUCGUCUCGUUAUUGUUGUAUUUACUUGUAUGGCCUUCGUUCUGUCGCGCGUGGCGUGCUGGAGUCACGGUGUUGCUUACACCGAUGAAUACGCGCCGGCUAGGGCCAGUGUUCAUUAUGGCGCUGUCUUGAUUUCUCGAGUGGUGCCACUUGUUCUGGGACACAAAACGUUGACGGGCGCUGUCGAUGAUAACAUGCCGUUGCAGACCGCUGGAAUUGUCAUCGGGUUUUUGCUGAACUUAAUACAGCUUUUUUUCUUCGUACCAAAAACAGUACCCGUCGUGGAUGGGGUGCAGAAAAUAGCCGUUCCCCUUCAUGAUCGGAGCUUCUUCAUGAGCGUCGGGCGCGUCUUCAACAAUUCAGUGGCGAUGACGCAGAUGUUCGCCAUGAGUCUUUUGGCGGCUGCUCUGUGGGGUUACGGUUUCUACGAAAUGGAUAUCGUUAAGGUUAAAUUCAAUUUGAUUCCUGAGAACAGUGGGCUGGUCCAAUUCACUGAAAUAUUGUCAUACUAUUUUCUCGCUUUUGUUGUAGCGUACGUCGGUGUUCAAUUCUCAACUCCAAUUCUCAUGGAGUUUUGUAAUUUGAAGGCGAUCAAACAAACAGUAAUUACCAGUAUAGCCGUAUUGGUACUAUACGUCAUAAUGACAACUGUUCGCGGCUGUGACUCAGGAAAUAUCGUCGGCCUGGAGAAGAGUUAUUAUGGUCACCCAGAAUGCAGUCUGUCGUGCAACUGUAAACCCCAGUGGAACGAAUUUAAGCCUGUCUGCGCGACUAACGACAUGCUCACAUACAUCUCACCGUGUCACGCUGGUUGUAGAGACUCAGAAGUAGUAAAUGGAAUACAAGUGUACUCGAACUGCACGUGCGCCGGUGGCGCGCGCGUGCUUGAGCGCGCCUGCGGAGACGCGGAGUGCCGGCGCGUUUUCCGCUUCCACAGCAUGCUGUUCUUUAUACUCGUUACAUUGACAUUGAUAGCGUUCCAAGCUCAAGGAGUCCUCCUGUUACGGACCGUGGACCCUCGGGACAAGUCCGUAGUGAUGGGCUUGAUGUGGUCCAUGAUUGCAAUCGUCGCAUUUGUGUGUGGACAUUCAGUUUUUUUAGGGCUUCGAGUUGCAACAUGUGGUUGGCUCGAAGCUGAAAAGUGUCAUAUGCAAAGUCAUGCCUUCCCGUACCUUGUUGGAGCCACAAGCGCCUUCCUGACCCUUACAUCUAUUAUGACCAGUAUAACAACUUGGAUUUGUAUUCGAACAGCAAAUAAAGUUCAAAAUUUUGAUACAAGGUUAUGAACGGUUAAGUUGUAGACACAAUUUAUUAAAAUAAUUAAUUUAAAUUGAUAUGAGUGUUUAGUCUUGCUUUGUUUAUUUAAGCUUAUUAACAAUUCAGUAUUCAAAAAAUAGAUAGUGAAUUGAUGAAAUCUAUAAUUCACUUCACGUUUACUCAUAGCAGUUAUUUUAGGUUAUGCUUUUAAAAUUAUUUUGGAGUACGUAAAUAGUUAAAAUUUUGUAUACUAUACUGUCAUUAAUUAUUCACCAAAAAUAUAUAUUUUUUAAUUGCGCUAGCGCCAUUCUUGAGGGAUUUGAACUGUUACUUACAGCUUACAGCUUAUAUUCACCCUUCAUAUCACCAACAAGUAUACUAAGGUAAAAUAUAGAUUAUAUAAAUAUGUUAAAAUCAACACGUCUGUUUGUUAAAAAAAGUUGAAAUUUAUUUCGAUUUUACGAUAUUAUAAUAACUAUUAGACUCUAAAAAAUUAACACGGCAACACUGAAUAAAUCCUUUUUCUUAUUCCUUUGAUUGCGCCAAAAAAUAGCGUCAAGAGUCAAGAUCAACGAGCUAAAAAUAGCUCGCACGCAUAUUUAUAUAAUAUGCAGUGUUACUUGUAUUUUUUGUAUAAAAACUAUUUUUAGUUACGCUUGAUUGUUUUUAUAUACAAAUUAUCUAGCGAUUUAAGGACUUAUUAUUUAUAAAAAAAAAUCGAAUAAAUAUUCAGGAUAUGAAUGCAUAUCGUUUGUUAGGUAUAUUAUAUUUUAAUUUAGAUUAGAAAUAAGUCGAUAAAUGUCUGGUUGGAAAAAAUGUGUAUUUACUGAGAAAUAGGUAGCCUUUAUAAAGUAAUUUCGUUGUUGUAUUGUGGGAAUUUUGACAUAAUUA